AUGGAUUUUAUUUAUUUAAUUUUAUUUAAUGUAUUUUAUGCUUUGGGGGGUUUCCGAUUCUGGUUAAAAAAUUAUUCUGAUUUUUAUUCUGAAUGUUCUGGUGAUUUUUCCGAUAAUUAUUCUGAUUUUUCUGAUUUUUGUUCUGAUUUUUUCUGAUUUUUAUUCUAAACGUUCUGGUUUUUUCUGGUUUUUGUUCUGAUUUUUAUUCUAAACGUUCUGGUUUUUUCUGGUUUUUGUUCUGAUUUUUAUUCUGAGUGUUCUGAUUUUUUAUUUAAUUUUAUUUAAUGUAUUUUAUGCUUUGGUUUCUGCUUUAUCUUUUCUUUUAAUCUCCCUCUGUGUCAUUAUUCUGAUUAUUAUUUUUGUAGGGGUUUCCGAUUCUGGUAUAAAAAAUUAUUCUGAUUUUUAUUCUGAAUGUUCUGGUGAUUUUUCUGAUAAUUAUUCUGAUUUUUCUGAUUUUUGUUCUGAUUUUUUCUGAUUUUAUUCUGAAUGUUCUGGUUUUUCUGAUUUUCGUUCUGAUUUUUUAUUCUGAGUGUUCUAAUUUUUUUAUUUUUGUUCUGGUU